CCCUCUUCAUCAUUUCUUCUCAAACCCCUCUGAGAAUUCAGAAAUCCCAUAAUUUGAUCUUCAGUUCUAUGAAAAAUGGUGGAUCUGGACUGGAAAACCAAGAUGGUCUCCUCUGAGAUACCCAACAAGUCGCCGAGGAUAGCGAAUAAGCUUCAUAUUUCUAUUCCGCCGCCCAAGAUUCGCCUUGCUGAGCUCUCUGCGGCGUCGGAUUCCGCCUGUUCCGCCUACGAGCACUAUCUCCGUCUCCCUGAGCUGAAGAAGCUAUGGUCCGCAUCGGAGUUUCCAUCCUGGAAGAGCGAAGAGGUUCUCAGACCGGCUUUCGUGGGCCUUGAGAUUACCUUCCGGUUUAUCUCGACUGUGUUGUCUGACCCGAGGCCGUACGCCAACCGCCGCGAGUGGAGGCGGAGGGUGGAGGCUCUGGCGACGAGUGAGAUUGAGAUUAUAGCGCAGUUGUGUGAGGAGGAUGAGGAGGACCCGGAGACGCGGGGUACGAUCCCGAUCGUUGAUCUGACGUCGGCCGGUGGUGUUUUGGCCAGGGAGAACAGCUCGGCGGAGGUCUGGAAGAUGUCGGACGAUACCGUGGUGGUGAGCCAGGUCAGCGAGGAGAGCCUGUUGCCGCGGCUUGCCACGUGGCAGAAGUUCGAAGGUGUUGCGAGGAAGAUCCAGUACUCCAUCGAGUGUCAGAUGCAGGGGUGUCCGUACACAUUAGGCUUGGGAGAGCCGAACCUGAGCGGCAAGCCGAGCUUGAACUACGACCGCAUCUGCAAGCCGGCAGAGCUCCACGCCCUGAAGAAAUGCCCGAACGACGACGUCGGCUCCAAGAACUUCGAGAACCGAACGCUGUACUCCACGCACCAGAUACUGGAGUCGUGGGUCCGCGUUGGCAAGGAGCUUCUGGCGAGAAUUUGCGACGAAAUCGACGGCCGUCGCUACGAGAGAGCGGCCGGCCAUUGUUGGAUACUCGAGAAAGUGUGGACGAUCAUCAACCAGAUAGAAGAAUUGCAUCUUCUGAUGGAUCCUGACGAUUUCUUGCGGCUGAAGAAUCAGCUGAUGAUCAGAGCGAGUUCCGAGUCGGAACUCUUCUGUUUCAGGUCACGGGAGCUCGUCGACAUCACCAAGUCGUCCAAGGAUUUGAAGCACAAGGUGCCGGCGGUUCUUGAAGUGGAGGUCGACCCCACCGGAGGGCCCAGGAUACAGGACGCCGCCAUGGAACUGUACAGGAGGAAGGAAGAGUCCUCGAAAAUCCACCUGCUGCAGGCGAUGCAGGCGGUGGAGGCGGCAGUGAAGAGGUUUUACUUCUGUUACAAGCAGCUGCUGGCGGUGGUGAUGGGGAGCUUGGAGGCGAAGGGGAACGUCGAGUCAGGGGAUUUGCUGAGUCAAAUUUUCCUUGAGCCCACGUAUUUUCCUAGCUUGGACGCGGCGAAGACGUUUCUUGGGGAGCGGUGGAGCCAUGACAGUGGAAGAUAUAGCCCGGAGAGGAGGCGGAGGAAUGGGGAUAUGUGAAGAAGGCGGGACGGCCGGCGGCCGCUUGCGGUGGCGGGUUGAAUCAGUUGACUCGUCCUGUUGAGAUAUAUAUGUACGUAGGUAUACUAAAUACGUAGUCUAUUGUAAGGAAUUAGCAAAUUAAUUGAUUUUUUUUUUUUUUUUGAGAUCAACGUUUAGUUACACGAUUUUUCUUGUUUGCUUCCCUAAUAUUAUUACAUAUUUUUUUGUAAAA